AGGCUUCGGCGUCGAGGAAGGGGCCCGGCAGUGCCGGGGGGUAUUGAGAGUGGCGGAGGCCGCGGAACGACGGAAGACGGCGGCCGUAGUGAAGAACGUCGAGCGCACGCACGGCGAGUGGCAGCUUAACUAGCCACAUCGCCGUCCGGGCCGCGUGUGCGAGGGCGGAGGGCGGGGCUCGAGACCUGCGGCAGCGGGAGAUGCGGGCGGCUGCAGGCACGCGGCUGGCUCGGCUCGGCCGCCGCCGCCUUCUCGGGCCCCGGCGCGGGGGUCGCCGCUGUUUGCCGCGCCGUCUUUGAGUUCCUAGCGUGAGGAGCAGUCGGCGACAGAGUCUAGCACCGCGUUUAAGGUCGAGAAGGAUUCCUGUGUCCUGCCUGCCCAUUGCUAUGGACAGUGCCAUCACUCUGUGGCAGUUCCUUCUUCAGCUCCUGCAGGAGCCUCAGAAUGAGCACGUGAUCUGCUGGACCUCUAACAAUGGGGAGUUCAAGCUUCUGCAGGCGGAGGAGGUGGCUCGCCUGUGGGGGAUCCGCAAGAACAAGCCUAACAUGAAUUACGACAAACUCAGCCGAGCCCUGAGAUACUACUACGUAAAGAACAUCAUUAAAAAAGUGAAUGGUCAGAAGUUUGUGUACAAGUUUGUCUCCUAUCCAGAGAUUUUGAAAAUGGAUCCACUGACGGUAGGCAGGAUUGAGGGAGACUGUGAAACUUUAAAUUCCAUUGAAGCCAGCAGUUCCAAAGAUGCUGAGUGUGGAGGGAAGGAGAGGCCACCUCAGCCCGGAGCCAAGACAUCCAGUCGCAACGACUACAUACACUCUGGUUUGUAUUCUUCCUUUACUCUCAACUCUCUGAACACCUCCAAUAAGAAGCUUUUCAAGUCAAUAAAGAUAGAGAAUCCAGCAGAAAAACUAGCAGAGAAGAAAGCUCAGGAGCCAACCCCGUCCGUGAUCAAAUUCGUGACAACACCUGCCAAAAAGCCGCCCAUGGAGCCUGUCACUGUUGCCUUUUCAACGAGCCCUAGUGUUUCUCCGUCUUCUGAAGAAACUAUCCAAGCUUUGGAGACUCUGGUCUCUCCCACACUACCUUCCCUGGAAGCCUCAGCCUCUGUAUCUAUCCUGGCUACCACCUUUAACCCCACUCCUCCAGUUCCUUCCAUACCCCUUCCUCUACAGGAGCCUCCCAGGACACCGUCUCCACCGCUGAGUUCUAACCCAGACAUUGACACAGACAUUGAAUCAGUGGCUUCUCAGCCCAUGGAACUUCCAGAGAACUUGUCACUGGAGCCUAAAAACGAGGAUUCAGCUUUGCCAGAAAAGGACAAAACAAAUAACUCAUCAAGAUCCAAGAAGCCAAAAGGGUUAGAACUGACGCCCGCCCUUGUGGUCACAGGCAGUGACCCCAGCCCCUUGGGGAUCUUAAGCCCGUCUCUCCCAACAGCGUCGCUUACACCAGCACUCUUCUCACAGACACCCAUCCUGCUGACGCCGAGCCCCUUGCUCUCCAGCAUCCACUUUUGGAGCACUCUCAGCCCGUUUGCUCCUCUGAGCCCAGCCAGACUGCAAGGUGCUAAUACGCUCUUCCAGUUCCCUUCUGUACUGAACAGUCAUGGACCAUUCACUCUGUCUGGCCUGGAUGGACCUUCCACUCCGGGCCCGUUUUCUCCAGACCUGCAGAAGACAUAAUGAGUGCAGUUGUGGACUAAGAGACCAAGGAACUAGGACAUAGACAUCAGCAUGACUCAGUUCGAAAUGAGGGGUAGUUCUGCAGUGCUCAUAAUAGACUGUUGUGAUUUUUCCCACUGCCUGUUGACAAGCCUUUUCAGGACUCUCAAAAGUUGGACUGUACAAAAAAUGCCUUAAUUGGAGUCCAAGCUCCACCUCACUUCUUUUUUUUAAAGGUGUUUUUUUUUUGUUGUUGUUGCCUUUUUUUUCCUUUUUUUCUUUUUUUUUUUUUUUAAAGCUUUGUGCAAAAAACAUUGGAUAGUUGAGGUUCAGCAGCUGUGUUUCUCAAGAGUCACCGAACAAAGUCACCAGCCCUGGAUGUGAGGACCCACAUCCAGGGGAGAAAGUGUGCUUAGAGCCUGUUACUUAAAGGAAUUCUUGUCCACUAUGUGUGAUGGCCCACUUCUGCAGUCUCAGCACUUGGGAAGCUGAGGUGGGAGAACACCAAGGGUGGAGGGCCAGCCUGCACUAUAUAUAUUGUGAGGUUGUCUCAAAAAGACAAAAAUACGACUUAAAUGAAACCAGCAGCAUAUUUUGUAGUGAGUGCGCUCUGUUGAAUGUCUAAGGGGAGCGGCUCAUGAGCAGUGGGAGAAACCUUAGGAGGUCAGCCAUGCUGAGGAUCUGUUUUGCCGUGAGCGCUGACAUAACAGUUCCACAGAAGGGUGUCUUGUUUGCACUUACCUGGGCAAAUCUCUGCUAUCCGUACCUGUGAUCCUGUCUGAACCUGUCCCUAGGCCCCGAGCUAUUUUAACACAAGACUUGGAAAGCUCAGUUUUAAUGUGGGUUUUGGAACAUUGGUUGAGACUAGGAGAUCCCACUGUGAGCACAGAUCUCUGGUGUGUGCUUUGAGCGGUGUGGUUCUGUAGCCAUGCAACACAGCAUGCAAAUGGUGAUUUUUCCUGAGAGGAGAGUUGUGGUUUGAAAAUUGAAUGUCACAAGCAACCAAAAAGGUUCAGUGAAACACCCUGAGACAGGAGGUGGGGUGUUUCCAGCUAGAAGACACCCAGAGUGCCAGGCCCCUUUUCUUCUUGCCAGUUACAUCCCCUUACCAUGCUGCUUUUAAAUCUAAGGUCAGAAGAUGAUGAUGCGUUCAGGUGUUGUAAUCAGGAAGAUGAACUCCAAAGGGAAACUUCGGUUAGCUGGAGGUAGAGACGUGCUUACUGCUUUCCAAAAGCGUCUUAACUUGUGGAAGAUCAGAUUGCACCUGACCAUUCUUAUGCAUAGGAAUUUGAUUAUUAAAUUAGUAAUGAGAAGUAGAGGCCUUCAUUUGCAUAUUAUGAAAUACUGUGUGGUAAGACAGCCAGAUUUGUACAGAUACAUUGAUCUGGAAUUGAUACUAAUUUCACAGUGGAAUUUUGAAAAUUUUGACUCUUAAAGUCCAGAACCAAAUUAAAUGACAUGUUCCUCCUCUGCCCAUUAAACCCUAGACGUGACCUGAGUGGCAUGAAGGCAUGAGGGACUUGUGGGCUCCGAAUGACACUGAUACCCAGUGGCGUCUUUUCAGCUGCAUAGCAUGGCUGUCCAGUGCAGAGACACGGAAGUCCGGCCGUGUGUGCUGGCAGGGGAGGGGAGGGCCACAGUGCCUUUUAGAGGGGUGGCUGCAGACCUGUUACUGGUCCAUUUGUGGUUAUCUUAGAGGUCUGUUCCCAGGAUGUGCAAUAGUAGCAUUGAAAAGCAGUGUUCAGAGUGAUGGGAGCAGGGACUGUAAGGAACGAGCUUUCUUCCCAUGGUGCACCGUUAGGUUUGCAUGCAUAUUUGGAAUUAACCCUCAGCAGCACUUUGAGGUAAUUUAGUGGGAUAAUAUUGUGUAAACUAAGUAAGUAUUGAUAGAUGACUUAACUAGAUGUUUGAAAUCUGAAACCAUAAAAAUAUUUUUAUCUUACUGAGUUAAAGGAGAAAAGCCAUUGGUUUGUUUUCACAGAUGAAAUAUUUGGUAAUUUCCUGUCUUAGCACAGAGCUGCCUUGGGUCCGAGGGCACCAUUUAAACUCAGGCCGGGUGUGGUGAUCCCAGCACAUGGGGAAUGGAAGCUGGAGGAUCAAGAGUCAGGGCUAGCCUCAGCUACAUAGUAAGUUUGAGACUAGCUUAGACUACACAGGACCCUGUAUCAAAAAAAACCAAGGAAAAACCUCAACAACUUUGUAAGAAACCAUGCGGCCUUGUGGGGUUGGAGAGACCUGCCUUCUCGAUGUGAGUGAAUUUGCAGAAACACGUGCUUGGUUAGUGCAUGGGCACGUGCCCUUUUUUUUAAAGUUGGUAUAUAACCUUGCUGUGUGUGUGAGGCAGACAUUUCUUUCUGUAGACUACCUCCUUCCUGACAAAGUCUGAGCUUUGUGUUGGUUCGAAUAGCCAUAGAAUUCUUAGCCAACAGAUGUAUUCAGGGAUGAGCGCACCCUCAGCUCACCUCUGGCGUCCACCACCCGUCACCUUGCUAGGGCAGAUGGGGCUGGGCCUCAGUAGCCUGAAGCAGGGGAAAUGAGCAGGUCAGAGACACCUUCUGCUCUGGACCGUCUAUGCUUAGCUCAGUGACUGAAGGGGUGAGAGUUGGGGUGUUAGGGUGAUCCUGUGAAGGCCUGGGUUGGAAGGUCUGCCGGUCCCCUUGGGCGUCCAUUGGUCCCUUGUAGGUUUGAAUCCACGUUAGAACUGAGAAGGAUGUGUGCGUCAGCUCAGAGCAGUGCCACACCCUGGGUGGGUUUUCACUUAAACUGUACUUUUACUCAUGCUGAUGUUUUUAAAAUAUAAAAUUAAAAUGUCAAGUUUAACUUAAAGUAAGCUUUUAGUGACUUCUGAUAGUAUUAUUGUGUUGUUACAACCCUAUGGCAUAGUCUGUGUGUUUGAAUAAGGGUAGAAGUUUCUACUGAUUAAAAAAGCAUAUAAUAGAAUCUUGAAGCCUUCAAAAGGCCAGCACUUCAUUGAGUUAAAAUAGUUUCUUUUUCUUCACAUUUUAACAGUUAAAAUAUAAGUAUAAUUUUUCCACUAUGUUUUUUUGUUUGUUUUUGUUUUUGAGAUAGGAUUUUUCUGUCUCCAACCGGGCUAUGAACUGAAUCCCAAAUGCUGGCAUUUGCAAGUGUGGGCCACCAGGUCUGGCUGUUUCUUCAAAUUUGUAGAGAAAGUAAGUCCAUGAAUUUAUACGGAGUACUGACUAGCCUUUUAUUCUUAAACUGGAAGAUUCUUUGUGUAUUUAUAUACCAUCCUAGAAAUCAAAAAGGCAGGAGAAGCUGGCAGAUAUACCAGAGGCUUGGUGUUCAUGGCAUAAUGUCACCUAUAAGAGCCACCCUGGUCUUACACUGUGUGAGUUCCAGUACUCUGUUACUGUGGCCUCCAAUUUUAACAUUCUGAAAGUCGAAUUGAGCCCCUCAGUGAAAUUGCAGAAGAGCAGUCAAUCUUUUGGAACACACACCUUGAUCAGGAAAAGUUUUGUUGUUGUUGUUGUUUCUUUUCUUUCUUUUUGUUUUUUCUGAGACUAGACCUGUAGUUUAGGCUGGCCUCAAACUCUCGGCAGUCCUCCUGCCUUGGCAUCCUAAGUACUGAGAUUAUGAAUGUGACCUGCUGUAUUUGGCACAGUGAAAGUUUUUCAACAUAGAAAUUUCUCUCAAAAUUGACCUGUAUCACUUUACUAAAGGGACAUGCACGCUCUGCUGUAACAUACAAAACGGGAAGCGUUAGCAAAAGAAGUAAGUGCUGGGUAGCAAGUGGCCUCUCGCCUAGAAGUAAACACUCCCUAAAUCACUGACAACAUGGCUUAGCUUGUUUGAUUCCCAAAAAUACAGGUGUGUGUGUGUGUGUGUGUGUGUGUGUGUGUGUGUGUGUGUGUGAGAGAGAGAGAGAGAGAGAGAGGGGGAGAGAGAGAGAGAGAGAGACUUGAGUGUGAGUGCGUGAGUGUCAGAGACAGAGAUGGGGGUGGUUCUAAAAAAGCCUUGACAUUCUCUGGGAGCCUUGUCAUAGUUUUUCAAAUUUCCUGUUAAUUCUUUCUCAUGGGGAUUUGUGCCCCAGUGCCUCCUAGACUUCUGCACACCCUGAUAGCCUGUUCCUUUUCAUGUCUGUAUCACACACAAGUGACAUUGUUAUUCUUAGGGUCUUUGCAAACGUCUUUGGCCUUAUGUUAUCUUUACAAACAGCCUCAUAAUUACACGAAGUUACUUUAUGCUAGAAUAUACACCAGCUUCCGCUCUCUGGCUGGAUUGCUAAGCCUGAAGGGAUAGUUUACUUGAUGGCUUGUUCUCACUAUCACCUGUUUACUACAUAUGUGUCAUUUGCCUGUGCCAAAAACUGGGCGUUAUGCCACCAUGGUAUUCUUUGUCUUGGAUAGGUGUCGAGACAAGUGCAGACCUGAGCAGAAACCUGGGCUCAGAGUGAGUUCCCAAACAGCAAGACUCAAGUGUUGACGCUGCCUUCUGUUGUCUGAAGGUUUCUAAAAUGGAUUUGAGCAGCUGAGUGUUCAACCCACAGUACUGUUCCUUCUGGCAGACACUCUCGCAGAGGCCGGCUUCUGUGGCAAGCAUUUCGUCAGUCUUCUAGGCCUGCUGUUUUCAGAACAGCACUGCCCCAGUGUUUCUCUUAGAUAUCAGAACCACUUACCGAAGGUGCCAUUUCCAUCUUGGGGCGGGGAUGCUCAUGGGUGAUGGUGCGUCCCGUGCUCUUUGGAACCUGUCACUAUCAGAGUCAUGUUUUCACCUGCAAACACAGCAGAUGUCCCCGUCAGUGUGCAGCAAGGACUCCAUCCGAAGCUGACAGUGCUUCACGCUGCUUUGCGUGGCUGAAACAGAAUGUGACAAGUAGCCAGCUCGCCAGAGAGGAGCCGUUUCAUAGGUGCUGCUGUUUGCAGUUAGCCCCUGGGAAAUGUAGAAAUGCAGAGUGGCUUAUGGGAGAGUAGCUGCCUGCUAACAUGGUUAGACUUGCUCCUAUGGUGCUGGGGACAGAACCAGGCACCUCGAGUGUGCUAAGUAAGUGACCGACACUGGGUUACACCCCCAGCAACCUCCCCCCAUUACUUUAAGUGACAGCUUUAACCAGGAAAUCCCCAGAGAUGGCAGUUUCUUGAGUGUUAAGUGGAUUGCACAUGGGGCAGUUUCAUGAAGCUAACUUGUCUUUGAAAUACUGAAGUUGGAAUUGAGCACAUUAAGUCCUGAGGUAUUAGCUGAGUGCAUCUCUUAAUGUAUAUACUGCCAUGUUGACCCACAGCGGGUGAGUCUUUUUCAGAGAGGCACAUUCAUCCCCAAAGAUGGCUAUUAAUCUAUUCGUUCUAAACCUAAGAACAGCCAUCCACUGCCGCAGGUGUCACAUGAUGACCUUGUUCAGUUCAGUUUCUUAAAGACCGUCACCUUAUCCUCCUCUCUUCUGUUCACACAUUAAACAUAGGACAUCUUUUCUAAAACUCUGCAAUCUGUUUGCUUUCAUAUAAAAUUGCUUCUGGGUUGGCUGGGAAGUCCCAGGAGGUGUCUAGGGUGUAAUAGGCCUGGCUUGUUGGCAUAAUGUGCCCUUUAAACCAUAUAUAGGCAGCAUGAGCAGAAACCUCGAGGGGAUCAGGAAGAAUGGUCUCAUCUUUGCCUUGUUCCCAUCUUAGUAAACCCACUGAUUUCUCCUCCUGCGGGGAUGCGGGGAAAUGGGGUGCCUGGCAGCUGGUCCAGAGGUUCUGUCAGUAGCAGCAUUUGCUUUGCUAGCUUCAAGCCCAGGACUGCUGUAAAUGGCUGUUAAAUCACUUGGCACUUUCUUGGGAUCUGUAUUAGCACUGUUCAUUCGUUUGUUUGUUUGUUGUUUGUUUGUUUCUGUUGGUUACUUUUUGAGACAGGGUCUCAUUGGGUAGCUCUGAGAAACUUGCUAUGUGGAACGGGCUGGCCUUGAACUCACAGAGAUCCACCUGCCUCUGCCUCCUGAGUGCUGGGAUUAAAGGUGUGCACCACCAUGCCCAGCUGUUUUUGUUCUUAAAAACUGGAAGCAUUUAAUGGUUGUUUUGUUUGAUUUCAGCUUCAGGAUAUUGCCGGUCAGGGAAAUAGGGUUUAUUUCUUACUUCUAGUUUUGGGAACUUAGUGUUUGGAGAAGGGAGCAAUGGAUCACCCUUUGAGUCUUCCUUCCAGGCUCUGUGAGGCAGCCUCUUUGAGCUAGGGUGUAAAUGGCUCAAGGUCUCUUACUAUUGUGCUUUGUAGAAAUGUAUAAUUUAGGGGUUGGGGAUUAGCUCAGUGGUAGAGCGCUUGCCUAGCAAGUACAAGGCCCUGGGUUCAGUCCCCAGCUCCGGAAAAAAAAAGAAAUGUAUAAUUUUAGAAAGUGAUUGGCAGUUGGUAGAUUGCACUGUAAAUUUGAAAAGUAUACAAUUGCUAACAUUUUGUGUUAUUUUCCUUUGUUGCUUAUUUCUGUUACAUAGGGGACCCAGUCCCUUCUGAGACAGUUCAUUGUUUGCUUGAGGACAGUAUUACCGCCACUGCCACUGCUGGCAUACGACAGAAGAGCACGGUUCAGUCCUCUCUGCUGAGCUAAAAUGGAUCAGCUAAAAUGUACACGUAUGCAGAAGCGCACACGGAUGCUUGGGCCCCGGAGGCCUGCUUACAGGUGUGGCUGAGGCUGUUCCCUCUGCCCCUGGCAGUUCCCUGGAUCUUCAUGGAUCGCAAAGACUAAACUUAAACUCUGGACUGCUGACAUAUGCCUGUAAUCCUGUAAACCCAGGAAGGUGCAGGAAGGAGGAUCAGAGUUCAGGUGCUGUGUAGUGAGUUUGAGGCCAGCCUGAGCUACACGAGAGCCUUCCUGAAAAUACAUUUAAGAGGUUCACUGGUUCGGAGCACCUGGUGGUCUUCCAGAGGAACAGAAUUGGCGCAACACUGCCUGUAGUUCCAGUGCUAAAGGGUCUAGCGCCCUCUUCUGGCCUCCACACGCAUCUGCACACAUUAAACAAACCACCUUUUAAAACAUUUUUUUAAAAGAAGCUUUAGUUCAUUUUGCAACUGAUAAUUCUAAACAUUAAAUCUUGGGUUAAAAUGAGUUUCUUAGAAUUAUUCCCUUUAUUCACCAAAAUAAUCAAAUUGGACUUUCCCCUCUUUUUUAAAUAGGUUUUGUUUUUAUGAACUGCUGGUUACAACUGUGUCUCCAUGUAUCAGCCUCCUACAUGGCUGGGCCGACAGGCACAUGCCACCACGUCAGCUUACAUUUGCAUUUAAGAGCAACCUAAUGAUUUCCAUGAGUCCUAUCAGAACUUCUGUUUUAAAAGCCUCCUAAGCUGGAGCUUUAUUUAGGUUGGUCGGUAGGGUAGCCCAAGGUUUGAGUCCCAUUACUCCAUAAACCAGGAGUGUGGCUCAAACUUGUAAUCCUCAAACUAGGAAUAUAGAAGUGAGAUGAUCAAGAAGUUCAGGGUUUCAUCCUUGGCAAGUUCAGGGCCAGCCCAAGGUUAAAGAUCCAGUCUUGGGGGAAAAAUGAAAAUAAAAUUAUGAUGAGUGGGAAGUAACCAUGGGUUAUUUUACGUGUGUGCUAGGAGGUUGAAUCACAGCAAACCUGGCAGUUGACGCACUCUAAGGCGUGAACAUGAUUUAAAAGGUAAAUAACAAAGAACAAACGCUUGUUUCUCAUUCAGUUAAUCUAUAAUUUAGCAAAAGCAUGAGUCUGCCUUGGAGUGACUGCAGUGUAUAUAUACACCGGUGUCUGCCCAGGAAGAGGGGAGCAGGUUCCUGUGUAUGAGUUUGGAAUGGCUGGUAAAAAGGACUGUCAGGGUACUCACUCAGCCCCUCAGGGGAGCGGCUGUCUGGGUGAGACCUCUUGUUUAUUGUAUCACCCUUGGCAUCUCUGGUUACUCGGUGUCGCCACUUUGUAUAAGGAGAUGUUAGGUGCGAGCAGCACCUGCCCACAAGAGUCGCUCACUGUCAGAGCGUCGGGAAUGGUAUGUCUCAGGUAGGUUUGGUUUACACUAAGGGGACCUGCAAAGUACUCCGAUCUCUGUUCUUUUCUGAAAAAACAAUUACCGUGGCAACUGCUAACCGUCCUUAAAAUUAACAUUAGUUGUUCUUACAGAUGGACAGAAUGGUCAUCUCAGCUAGCUACCCAGUAGCACGUAACUGUGGAGACAAAAGGGUGUUGCUUUAAGGCUGGUGAAGCAAGUGCAGAGUCUUGAAUUCUGCCUUUCGGGUGAGGAAUGUCUUGAAGUUAAAGGGAGAGGGGGCAAAGGACGCAUGCGCACUUUGAGGGCUUUCUAAUGCACUUCUGUUCAAAGAAAAGAUGGCGUUCGGUUUGCUGGGUGCCAUUUCCAGGCAUUGCAAGGGACUGCCCCAAGUAACCCGCCAGGGGUCCUUACUUCUGUUGCUUCUAAGCUGUAUGCAAAAGCGUUGUUAACUUCUAUAAAGAUCAUGUGUAUUUUAAGAAAAUGCAGUUUUUAAAACUUUUAUGUAAGAACUGACAGAGGGAUUUGCUUGUAUGUGGGAAGCUGGCUUUGAGAAAGCACUCUGGCGGGUUUGUUCCGAGUCUAGAGCUCUCGAGAUCUGUCAGUAGAUACAUGUGCAACUAGAUACGGACAACAAUUGUAUUUUUUUAAAAUAAAUAUUUUUAACAAAA